CUAAUAUUUUGAGCUACAUUUUCAUGUUUUUCCACACCCCUAUAAACAACGUAACCUAACCUACGUACUCACAAAUACAAACUAGGUUUGUAUAUGGAAAAACAUAAUAUUAUUUAUGUACUUGAAGCUUUAGAGGCUCAUAAACACAUGGUGAUAUACUUUGUUAUCCCCUUCUUGUUCUUGUUUUUGCUGUCGAGGCUUCGCCGGAAACCUUAUCCUCCGGGGCCGAAAGGGUGGCCGCUCAUCGGGAACAUGAACUUGAUGGACCACUAUUCUCACCGUGGCCUAGCCAAGUUGGCCGAACAGUAUGGUGGGUUGUUACACCUGAAGAUGGGGAGUCUUCACAUGGUGGUUGUGUCUGGCCCGGACGAAGCCCGACAAGUGCUCCAAACACAAGACAACAUCUUUUCCAACCGCCCAGCCAACGUUGCCAUCAGCUACUUGAGCUACGACCGGGCCGACAUGGCCUUCGCCCACUACGGGCCGUUCUGGCGCCAGAUGCGAAAGCUCUGCGUGGUGAAGCUCUUCAGUCGGCGGCGGGCCGAGUCGUGGGACUCCGUCCGCGACGAGGUCGAUAACACGGUCCGAACCGUGGCCAUGAACUGCGGGUCGGCCGUGAACAUCGGCGAGCUCAUAUUCGGGCUUACCCGAAACAUCACCUACCGGGCCGCCUUCGGGUCGAGCCCGAGCUCGGGCCAAGGGCAAGACGAGUUCAUUAAGAUUCUGCAGGAAUUCUCGAAACUGUUCGGAGCUUUUAACGUUUCGGACUUUUUCCCAUUCCUGAGCUGCUUUGAUCUGCAAGGCUUAAACCCUCGGCUCGCUAAAGCCAGGGCUGCGCUCGACGGCUUCAUCGAUAAGAUCAUCGACGAUCAUAUAUUACAGACACGACGACGGAGGAAUAAAAACCACGGCGGCGAAGUCUCCGGCGACGGAGCUGAAACGGACAUGGUGGAUGAGCUGUUAGCUUUCUACAGCGACGAAAUGAAAGUGAACGAUUCAGAUGAUCUGCAAAACGCCAUUAAACUCACCAGAGAUAACAUCAAAGGUAUCAUAAUGGAUGUGAUGUUUGGUGGCACUGAGACAGUGGCGUCGGCAAUCGAGUGGGCAAUGGCGGAGCUGAUGAAAACGCCGGAGAAUCUCAAGAGGCUACAACAAGAGCUUACCGACACCGUCGGGCUUGAUCGGAAAGUUGAAGAGAGUGACUUGGAAAAGCUCACAUUCUUGAAAUGCUGUCUCAAGGAGACUCUCCGGCUCCACCCACCCAUCCCUCUACUCCUCCACGAGACGGCGGAGGCCACCGAGGUGAACGGCUACUACAUUCCGGCGAGGUCACGUGCCAUCAUCAACGCGUGGGCCAUCGCACGUGACAAAAACUCUUGGGAAGACCCGGAUAGUUUUAAGCCCGACAGGUUCCUCAAAGAAGGCAUGCCCGAUUUCAAAGGGAGCAACUUCGAGUUCAUACCAUUCGGGUCGGGCCGCCGCUCUUGCCCCGGCAUGCAACUCGGGCUUUACGCGUUUGAGUUGGCCGUGGCUCAUCUCUUCCAUUGUUUCACCUGGGAAUUGCCCGAUGGGAUGAAACCAAGUGAUCUCGAUAUGGAUGACGUAUUCGGGCUCACCGCCCCGAAAGCAACCCGACUCGUUGUCAUUCCAACUCCCCGGUUAAAUUGUCAGCUCCAUUGACCAACCUGAAGCGAGUCGACUCAGCGCGCCAUUCAUGCAUGCAUGCAUGAAUAAUGAGCCACCCAAAUAGGAAUAAAGUGUCUGCAUAUUUUCCCUACUUAUGAAUAGAAUAUAACACUUGCAGUAGGUUAUAACUAGGCAGAAACAACAACAAUAAAAGAAUCUAUAUACAAUUUGCAUUCGUAUGUA